AUGUAUCAGGAUGCAGUUCAAAGUUCGUGUCCACAGUACGGGAAUGUUCAUUCCCAUAAUCGUCAGUUUCAACAUCCAACAUCCGAUAGUCAACAGAUGUUCGAACAACAACAACAAGCUUUGAGAUUGAUGGCAACUACAAUUGGGUCGACAAUAAGUAAAGGUUUUGUGAUGCCUAAACGCGAAUAUAUGUCUUUCGAUGGGAAUCCAUUAGACUACCCUAGCUUUAUAACAAAUUUCAAGACUAAUGUGGAAGACGUCGAAAGCGAUCCCAACGUUAGACGCACUUAUUUGAUCCAACUCUGUACGGGAAAGGCAAAGGAAGCCAUCAGUGGAUCUGUGAUGUUACCGCCGGAAGAGGGGUACAAAAAGGCAAAGUCUAUUUUGCAUGAAAUGUUUGGGCAGGCUCAUAUUGUGGCUGCUUCUCACAUUGAUCGAGUGACGAAAGGUUCUAUAAUUAGAGAAAAUGAGAGUGAAAAGCUUAUGCAGUUAGCCCGAGACAUGGAAAACUGUGGAAUGAAUUUGAACAAAUUGGGCUACCAAUCAGAUAUAAACUCAAGACACAACAUCAGCGCGAUUGUUUUACGGCUGCCAAAAUACCUCCGUUCAGAAUGGGCCAAAGAGGCGAAUAAGCUUAGAGAUCAAAGAAGUGAACCAGAUUUUGCAGCACUCACAAAGUUUGUAGUAAACAAAGCUAAGUUGGCAAAUACUGAGUAUGGUCGGCUUGUUAAUGUUAAAAUGGACUGGGAAAGGAACAAAACCAAGUCUUAUGGUAAACAACAGAGGAACGUCUCAGCUUAUCAAGUGUCGAAUAUUUCGUCAAACGAAGAACAAGAUGGUAAACGAAACAUAACAAUGAAGUUAAAAUGCAUUUUCUGUAGUAAGGAAGGCCAUUCGCUAGGUAGAUGUUAUAUGUUCCAAGAAAAAUCGUACGCUGAAAGAAAGAAAUUUGUCUCGGAAAAGGGAUUGUGCAAUCUCUGUCUGGCAAAGGGACAUUUUGCUAGCAAGUGCCAGAAAGGCCGUAAGUGUUUUAUUGCGGGAUGCGGUAGACGACAUCAUCCCUUGCUUCAUUCAACUGAAUCUAACCAAAGCAAACGAGAAGAAGAUUCCACGAAAGUUGAUAAAGAUAAAGAUCAAGAAUCACCGGCCAAGCCCAAAGGUCUAAAUGCACAAAAUGGUCACUGUGGUACAGCUGACAUAGCAAAACGGCAAGUAUGUUUGAGAGUUAUUCCCGUGAAAGUAUCUAGCAGAGACAAUUCGCGAGAAAAAAUCACCUAUGCCAUACGGGACGAAGGUUCCAACACAACAUUGGUUAAAGAGAGUUUGGUGAAUGAGCUUGGAUUGGAAGGUCAGCCUCUUGAUUUUAAACUAACGACCAUGAACAAGGUUUCUCAAGAGUCUGGGAAGUCGCAUUUUCUCUAUGUGCAAGGUCUUGGCCAAAAGGAUUGCUUAGAAAUUCCUAAUGCCCUAUCAAUUAAGGAUUUAUCUGUGGCGAGAAGUUGCAUUCCAACCAAAGGAGAUAUUAGCAAAUGGAGUCAUCUGAAUGACGUACAUAUUCCCGAAUUGAAAAAUCCAGAGGUGACUCUUCUUAUUGGCACUGACGUACCAGAAGCUCAUUGGAAGAUGGAAGAACGACGCGGACGUAAAAAGGAGCCUUAUGCUAUACGAACACCGCUUGGGUGGUCAGUUGCAGGUCCCAUGGGAACAACGUCAGAAAGUGAAUUCAGUGCGUUCUUUGUUCGUGAAGAGGAUGAAUUCCUCGGCCGAACGGUAGAGAAGAUGUUUGAGAUGGAUUUCAGUGAAAGUACGUAUGGGCAGAGCCUCGGCAUGUCUUUAGAAGACAAGAAAGCACUGUCAAUAAUGGAAGAAUCUCUCAAAGUUGUGGAUAGUCAUUAUCAGCUCGAUUUACCCUUUCGUGAUAAGCUGGGCUUUCCCAACAACAGAGGUUUAGCUGAAAGAAGAUUACAUUCGCUUAAGGCACGUUUAAAGAAAGAUGCAGAUCUUCACGAGAAAUAUAAGAAGGGAAUCAACAACAACGUCGACAAGGGCUAUGCUUCCAAGAUCCACGAAAGUGAAGGUAAUGAUAUUCAGGCGGAAGAAAGAAAUGUUUGGUACCUCCCCCAUCAUCCGGUCCUUCAUCCCCAGAAACCGCAGAAACCAAGGAUUGUGUUUGACUGUGCCGCUAAAUAUGAAGAUAUGUCACUGAAUGACCGGCUACUACAAGGUCCGGACCUGACAAACAAACUCAUCGGAGUUCUGUCUAGAUUUCGUCAAGAUCCAACUGCCUUUAUAGCAGACAUAGAGGCGAUGUUUUGCCAGGUUAAGGUGUCCCCGAUACACCGUGAUUUUCUCAAGUUCCUGUGGUGGAAAGAUGGAGAUUACAACCAACCGGUGGAAGUGUACCGUAUGUCAGUUCACCCAUUCGGAGCGACAUCUUCGCCAAGCUGUGCUGGGUUUUGUUUGCGUAAGACAGCCGAUGAAUUUGAAAGCGAAUUUGAUCCAGAGACGAUCGAAACAAUACGUCGAAACUUCUAUGUUGACGAUUGCCUUAAGUCGGUUUCAGAUACACAGAAGGCAAUUCGUUUGAUUCAGCAGCUCCGUGAUAUCCUGAUGAGACGUUCUUUCCGGUUAACGAAGUUUGUGAGCAACGACGUAGCGGUUUUGGCGUCAGUACCCGAAAGCGAACGUGCCGAGUCUGUUGUCAACCUCGACCUCGACGAACUCCCGGUCGAAAGAGCUCUUGGGGUACAAUGGAAUGUACAGGAAGAUGUCUUCAGUUUUCGUAUCGUCAGCAGGAAGAAGGCUCCUACCCGUAGAGGAAUCCUGUCAGAUGUCAGCUCGAUGUAUGACCCCCUGGGGUUUGCAUCGCCUUUCAUUCUACCCGCCAAACGCUUGUUGCAACGUUUGUGUAAAGACAAAGUAGGAUGGGACGAAGAGAUAUCCCCGAAUAUGUUGAAGACGUGGGAACGUUGGCUAGCUGACUUGCCUCAUUUGCAACGAAUAUCGGUUCCAAGAUAUUUCAAAUCUCACCAGUUGGACGAAGUCAAGAAUACACAAUUGCAUCAUUUCUCAGACGCAUCUACGGAAGGAUAUGGUGCCGUGUCCUACCUUCGUUUCGUUGAUGUGAAUGACAAGAUCCAUUGCUCAUUGGUGAUGGGAAAAUCCAGAGUAGCCCCAAUGAAGCCGACGACAAUACCAAGAUUGGAGUUAACUGCAGCGACAGUAGCCGUGAAGCAACAUUGUCAAAUUCGAGAAGAGCUCGACUUGCAAAUCGAUGCAACUAUAUUUUGGACAGAUUCUACCUGUGUUCUACAGUACAUAAACAACGAAUCUGGUCGGUUCAAGACUUUCGUCGCCAACCGAAUAGCCGCCAUCCACGACAAUUCAAGCCCAUCGCAGUGGAGAUAUGUGAACACUGAAGUAAAUCCUGCAGAUUAUGCUUCCAGAGGUUUGCGUCCCACCAACCAACACGAGAUAGAACAGUGGAUCAACGGACCGAAUUUCCUCCGUAAGACCGAAGAUACGUGGCCGAAUCGUCCCGAAGGAAUAAAUGUCCUACCUGAUGACAAGCUCGAAUGGAAACGAGAGGUGGAAAUCUACGAGACACAAACGGAAGAAAUCAAGCCCCUCGAUACCUUUAUUCAACAUUACUCUUGCUGGUAUCGCCUUCAAAAGGGAAUCGCGUGGCUAAAUCGUUUCAACAAGUAUCUUCGUGUUCGUAAUUCCAACGGUGUUUCUUAUAAGGAUGAUGGAACGCAAGCGGACAUAAGUACUCGUUCCCGUGACGAAGUCACUGGGGCCGGCGUAGGGCCUUUGACG